AUGGCUCACGCUUCGAAGGGCGCAAGUGUGAGACGUCUGAGCUGGAGGCACUGGGCCCAGUGGGCUGAUGGCAUAAGUCCCUGGAAGAAGCAGGUUCCAGGCCUUUGCCUUACCGCAGCCUUGAACAUCAUGGACUUCUACUCGGACCUGCUGGUCGUCUUGAAGUACGGCUGCUACGUGGAGGGCUCUUUCACGCGGAGCUGCGGCUGGGAGGAAGUGGCACAGGUGGCUCUAGCCACCUGUCAGCCCCAUUGGUGGUGGUUUCGAAUCGGCCUCGCCAUGCUCGUCGUGUCGAAUACCGAGCAGAGCGCUGUCUGGGCGCACUUCAUGGCCCUGCAGGCGCCUCCUGGAUGGCGUGGAUGGCGGAGGGUUUGCGCAUUUGCAGGUGCUUUCAUGCUGGCCUUCUUCCAGCUGAACUACUUGGUGGACGUUGCGUGUCUAGUGUACCGGGGUAGACGCGCGGAUAAGGCGGGCGAGAUCUACACCGAGUCGCAGAGCGAAAGCUUCAACCGGGCAUUCCGGGAGCUGGUGACAAAAUGCCUAGAGAGCGCACCACAGCUUUACUUCCAAACCUACGUGCUCUUUACCCUGGGUGCACACCGCGAUUGGGUGCAGGCGGGCUCUGUUGCCAUCUCAACCCUAUCACUUGCCUAUGGGAUCACCAAGGUUUGGGCGGCGAGCCCGAUCAGGUUCCAAAGCGGCGAGCACUUGCAUCGGCGACUGAAGACCCCGAGGGCCUUGCUCCUCAUCUUCCUCUUCUUAACCCUGGACCAGGCGUGGCGAGCGGGUGUGGCCGCGCUGAUGCUGGCGGAAGCCUCCCGACCCAUCGGUGUCGUGGUGCUGGUGGCAUUCUUGCUUGGAUUCCUCAUCUGCUUUAUGCUCAACUGGAGAGACUUUUGCAAGGAGUUUUGCCAUUCGGAGGCCAACCUCAUCCAGCUCUUCUUCCUCCCAAUUGCGGCCACGCUUGCGGGCCACUUGAUGCCUGCGGUCUUGAUUCUGGUGGACGAGCUGGCGGAUGGAGAGAGCAUGCUGCGAACUGCAUCGCCCCAGCUUGCGGCGUGGCGUUGGACCGAAGGCGUGGUGUGCAUGGCUGUGGCUUUCGCAGUGGCCAAAACGAGCUGCGGCGAGGCGCCCUACUACGAAGCUGGGCUUCUGCUGGCGUUUCUGGGGGCCAGCGCGCUCCUGUUCUUGGCCUUGUACACGCAGUGUGGCACGCUCAGAGGCUUCUGGCGCUCGAUGCUUCUUGCAGAGAAGGACCCGGGCUUCGAGAUCACGGCAGAAGAGGCAGAGGAGCAGGAGCGGGAAGAAGCCGAAGCGCGUCUUGAGGGGCCCAAAGAGGAAUCCGAGCUGGACGUGAUCGUCGAGGACAAGACCAUAUCGAUUUGA